AUGCGCCUGGGCUCGCACGCGUCCCAGCUCGAGCAGCCCGUUAUCGUCACGACCUUGAAGUGGCCGCAGGACCAGUAUAAGGUAUACGCGGUCACGUUCGACCACCUUAUCCCGCCCGACGACGACGACCCGCAAACGGUCUGCCCAAUCAUUUACGAGCUAGAAGAGAAGGGGCCCGAGUCCGACGUCGCCCACGUCAACGAGCGCGUCCUAUUUCCGGUGGGCCCUGUCGAUUACGUGAGGAAACGGGUGCUUGCCGUGCCCCGGUGCUGCCAGACGCACACCGGCGCGGACGACGACUACAGGAUCAGUGGCUGCGUUCAAAUAAGGGAUGGAAACCCUACCCGGGAGGUCUUCGUCCUCUCCAAGGAGCUACCGCCCUUCUUGGAAUCACCGUCCUUCCCGGAGACGGUAAGCCGAUUGGGCGGGAUAUCGGUACUGGCGCUGAUGGGUGGUGGCGAUGGGGCGGCGGAAACCUAA